GUGACGUCAUCACGCCUGAGAACGGGAUAAGUGGGAGAACAGGAAGAUCCCAGAAGCGAGCGUACCUCCCCAUCUGCGAGCAGGACGAGAACACAACACCUUCCCUUAAUAUUCGCCUGAACGUCAGACUAACAGGAUUCUGGACGGACUUCCAUCUGUAGCGGACGAGAAAGUACAGUACUCCUGGGUGUUUCACAACGGUUAACUAAAGAUGUGGAAGGCAGCAGCAGGACAGUCAGUCAAGAUGACUAUAGAUGAUGGAGGUGACGACUGGGAGACUGACCCCGACUUUGAGAACGAUGUAUCCGAGAAGGAGCAGCGCUGGGGUGCCAAGACGGUGGCUGGUUCAGGACAUCAGGAACACAUAAAUAUCCACCAUCUGCGUGAAACCGUGUCAACUGAGCACACAAGCUUGAAACAGCAGGAGUUGGACAACAUGCCCAAGGCCUCGCAUGGAUAUGGAGGAAAAUUUGGGGUGCAGCAGGACCGCAUGGACAAGUCUGCUGUAGGACAUGAAUACCAGAGCAAGUUGUCCAAGCACUGCUCGCAAACUGAUAAUGCCAAGGGCUUCGGAGGGAAGUAUGGAGUUCAAGCUGACCGCGUAGACCAGUCCGCAGUUGGCUUUGAGUAUGCUGGGAAGACAGAGAAACAUGCUUCACAGAAAGACUACAACGCUGGGUUUGGAGGGAAAUACGGAGUACAGGCAGAUCGUGUUGACCGGAGCGCAGUGGGCUUUGAUUACCAAGGCAAAACGGAGAAACACGAGUCUCAGAAAGAUUAUGCAAAGGGUUUUGGCGGGAAAUUUGGUGUGGAGACCGACAAAGUGGACAAGAGUGCUGUGGGCUUUGAAUACCAGGGCAAAACUGAGAGACACGAGUCGCAGAAAGACUAUGUCAAAGGUUUUGGAGGCAAAUUUGGAGUUCAGACAGACCGACAGGAUAAAUCUGCUCUGGGAUGGGACCAUCAGGAGAAAGUACAACUUCAUGAGUCCCAGAAAGAUUACGCCAAAGGUUUUGGAGGGAAAUAUGGUGUCCAGAAUGACCGGAUGGAUAAGAGUGCUGGCACGUUUGAAGAUGUUGAGAAACCCAAAUCGUCUUACCAGAAAACUAGACCCGUGGAGGCUGCUGGCAGCAGCACAGGAAGUAUUAAGGCCCAGUUUGAGAAUAUUGCCAAGCAGAAGGAAGAAGAGGACCGAAGAAGAGCUGAAGAUGAGCGAGCACGUCGACAGGCCAAGGAGAGACAGGAGCAAGAGGAGGCACGACGUAGAUUGGAAAUGCAGGCCAAAGCUCCUUCUCCGGUUCCUGUUGCGGCAAGCCCCAGUCCCACACCCAGCCCGACUCCAGCUGUCCAGCCAGCCUUUUCUUCAGCAUAUGAGAAUACAAAUGAUGUAACCUAUGAUGCUUCUGCUGAGAAUGGAGAGCAGCAAUAUGAACAGGGUGGCCUCUAUGAAGAGCCAGAGGCACUUUAUCAGGCCCCUGCUGAAGAGGAGCAGCAUUACGAGAUUGGCGAGGACACCGGGGUAACCGCGGUGGCGCUCUACGACUACCAAGCAGCUGGCGAGGACGAGAUCUCCUUCGACCCUGAUGACAUCAUCACCAACAUUGAAAUGAUUGACGAAGGCUGGUGGCGUGGCGUUUGCAGAGGGGCUUACGGUCUUUUCCCCGCCAAUUACGUCGAAGUACGGCAAUGAUGUCAUUGCCCGAAAAGGAGAGGAUGUCAAAUUGGUUCCUUUUCGCGCCUUGGUCUAUUUUCUCUCCUUUCGUUUUUAGGAGUGCAUCAACACUGUGCAAGACAUCAUAGGUCUUCUAAAUCUGCAUUCUUUUGCGCCUUUUUCCCAUCACACCUCUAGCGGUGGCAGCACACAAACGUACCUUAGAAUGACUCAACACCUCGUAAAUAGAAGAAAAAUAUUAAGCAUCGGAAGUAUAAAAGUUUAGCUGCAGAGUUUGAUCCAUUCAUUCAGAUAAUUUAUAUACAAAUCACUUCUAUUAGGGAUUUUUUUUUUUUUUU